CUGGCUCUUUCAAUUCACUUGGCUCUCUUUUACUGCCUCUCGCCCCUCAUUGCUGUAAACUCAAACCGCGAGCCUGCGACAACCAACGAACUCCCUCCCGUCGUCCACGCACUGACAUCGUUUUAAACCCGCCAACCGAGGAGGACGCGUGUCAAGUCUCAAAAGAUCCAGAGUUCCACCAUGACACAGGUCAACGGGGAGGACCCGCAGAGAACCCAACGAGGCCUCCGGCAGAUCCAGGCCGGCAUCCAGUCCCGCUCGCUGCUGGCCAGGAAGAGAAUGUCGAACAUCAGCAAGAAAGAUGUAAAGGGCUUCUUCAUAAGCAACGCUUUCGUCAUAUUCACCGUAGCGGCAGUCGUCAUUGGUAUCAUUCUGGGCUUUGCCCUGCGGCCGUACAACAUGUCCUACCGUGACAUCAAGUUCUUUUCGUUCCCUGGAGAGCUGCUCAUGAGGAUGCUGCAGAUGCUGGUGCUGCCCCUGCUUGUGUCCAGCCUCAUUACGGGCAUGGCUGCGCUAGACAGCCGCGCAUCAGGUAAAAUGGGCAUGAGGGCGGUGGUCUACUACACCACCACAACCAUCAUUGCCGUGUUCAUCGGCAUCGUCAUGGUGCUCAUCAUCCACCCCGGUAAAGGCUCCAAGGACGAAUUCACCAAUCAGCAGCAAAUCGAGCGCGUUAGCCCCGCUGACGCCUUCCUGGACCUUAUCAGGAAUAUGUUCCCUCCCAACCUUGUGGAAGCAUGCACCAAACAGUUCAAGACGCAGUACGCCAAGCGGGUGGUCCACGUCAAGGUAACAGUCAACGACUCGGUCUUCCUGGUCAACGGGAGUCAGGUGAUGACGAGGGAGGAGAUGAUCCCCGUGCCGGGCGCCGUCAACGGGGUCAACGCGCUGGGCCUGGUGGUCUUUUCCAUGUGCUUCGGGUUGAUCAUCGGGGCGAUGAGGGAGCAGGGACAGCCCCUGAGGGACUUCUUCGACUGUCUCAAUGAGGCCAUCAUGAGGCUCGUGGCCAUCAUCAUGUGGUAUGCCCCCAUCGGUAUCCUCUUCCUGAUCGCGGGUAAAAUCGUGGAAAUGGACGACAUCACUUCUAUGGGCGGCCAGCUGGGAAUGUACACGAUAACGGUCAUUUGCGGCCUGCUCAUUCACGCCAUGGUGAUCUUGCCUACUCUUUACUUUGCGGUGACCCGGAAGAACCCCCUCCCCUUCAUUGCCGGGUUGCUGCAGGCCCUCGUCACGGCGCUGGGAACGUCCUCCAGUUCGGCCACGUUACCCAUCACGUUUAAGUGUCUCGAGGAAAACAACAAAGUGGACAAGCGUGUGACCCGCUUUGUGCUGCCCGUCGGCGCCACCAUCAACAUGGACGGUACGGCCUUGUACGAAGCGCUGGCGGCCAUCUUUAUCGCUCAGGUGAACAACUACGACCUCAAUUUUGGCCAGAUACUCACCAUCAGCAUCACAGCCACAGCAGCCAGCAUCGGAGCGGCCGGGAUCCCGCAGGCGGGGCUGGUCACCAUGGUGAUAGUCCUCACGUCGGUGGGCCUCCCCACCGACGACAUCACGCUCAUCAUCGCUGUUGAUUGGUUUCUGGACCGACUUCGCACCGUUACAAAUGUCUUGGGAGACUCCAUCGGCGCAGGCAUCGUUGAGCAUCUAUCUCGCCACGAGUUGACCAAAGACCCGGAGGCGGCCCACCCGGCGGAACCUGAAGAACCAGACAAGAAGCCCUACCGGCUCAUUUGCCAGGAAAACGAGUAUGAGAAUGAGAGGCCCGCCGUUGACAGCGAAACCAAAAUGUAGCACAGUAUUGUUGUUCUUCUCUUUUUGAUAUCAUCAAAAUAUUUCGCUACCAAAAUUUGACACUUCUCUUCCAAAUGGUCAAAGGGUAGAAACUUGUUGAUAGGGACUGUGAAUGAGACUAUGAAAACGAAGAAGAAAACAACAACACAAGACGAAACUACCCCAUGAAAAUGUUAAUUGCUUCCAAAUCUCAUACUCAUUUUACUACAUUACUUUUAUUUUUUUUAGUAAAUAAAUGAAAACAAUUACAGAUGUAAUUUGGGGAAAAAAAUGCACCAAAAGUGAACAUGUAGCAAAUCUUUGUAACUUCUAUGAACAACCCAGGCUAAACUUAGCUCCUCCCCAACACACAAAGAUAUUUGUUGAGAUGUCGUACAUCAACAAGUCAAUUUUAUUCAUAUGGGACCGUAUGCCACAUUUUUAUCAACCUAUACACUUCCAUAAAGUAAGCCUUUUUUUUUUUUCUUACAUAAAAUAUGCUACAAAAUUAAUUCAUUCUGAGCAAACUCUCUGGUGCAGUACCAAACGUCACUUAUCCACUGCACAGUACUUGUUUUUGUUGACACCCUAGAAAACUAUACAAAAAAAAUAUAUGGAGGAGAACAAUGGUUUCCUGUAUUUACCCAUCAGUAUAAGGAAUUUUUACUCGUGGGCAGCUGCAGCAAAUUGAAGACUUGGGAGUAUCACACUAAAAAGUACAGAGCUAAGCUAAGUCACAACAGCUGGCUAAGCUAACCUUAGCAUGUGUGAAUACUUUUGUCACGCCUGUCCUUUGUGAUUUAUGCCCGGCAAUAGUAUUGGUAUGUACUGUGCAGUAGAAACAGUUCAUAUUCUACAGGUCACAGGUGUCAAACUCAAGGUUUGGGGCCCAGAUCUGGCCCCGCCACGUGAUUUUAUGUGGCCCGUGAAGGGCAAUCAUGUGUCAAAUCUGUACCAAAAUUUCAAAUUGUCAUAUGGUAAUGUUGGGAUAUUAUAAGCAUUUUUGUGUUACCAAACAUGAACAGUGGUUGGGGAAAAAAAACAUUACCAUUGACUUCUGAUUCCAAAACUAGUUCAUAAAUUUUGUCUGUAAAUAUGAUGAGGUGAUUAACGAUUUUUUUGGCUUCACAGUCAUAAUGGCAUUCCGAGGGAAACCGUAACUACAAUGUAGCCCGUGACAAAAAUGAGUUUGACAACCCUGUGGUGUAGGUCCACUUGUUGUCUCUUUAAAAACACAACAAAAAACAUGUACAAGUUUACUCUUUUAAGAAGGACACUGUUAUUCCCCAAGAUUGAAGAGAAAUGCGAGAGGUUCAAUUUCCCAAAGUAGCUUAGAUAAAUUAUGGCUAUUGGUAAAGCUAUGUGGCUCUGCAAUAGCCAGAAGACAAACCGAAGGUUCCAAAGUGUACUCCAUGGUGCAUUAUUAUUAUUAUAAUUUUUUUUUAAAUAAUGGUGCCUUUAUAAAGAACUACAUUGUCAACUGUGAUGACCCAUUUCUCUGACUAGAGUCCCGUACUCCUCUUGACUCAAGCAGACCGACGCAGUUUGUUACCGGCCACCCCUCCCACGACAGUGGUGCAGCUUAUUGACGGUUAAAUCUUGAAUACCAUGCACAUCGAGUACACUGUGAACAGGCUGGCUUCUUUGGCAGACCAAAUAGCGCCUGCUUCGUCAAAGGUUUUUCUACAGGCGUGAGAGCCACAUUGAGAUAUUGUUUUGGAGCUUUUUUUUUUUUGCUAUGCUUUUAGUUGGUUUGUCACCGUAAAUCCCCAUAAACCCUCCGAUUCAAGAAUAAUAAAAGAAACCUUUUCUGAUUAAAAAUCAGUUUGACCUUCAGCAUAACAUGAGGGCUAACAAUUAGAAGCAAACAUAAAUUAAAAAUUCACAGCCAUAUUUUCAACCCCAAAAUGGACUUUACCAAUUUAGAAUAUGAGAAAAACUUUAUAUAUUUGACAUUCUGUACAAUUCUGGGCCUGAAAACUAAAACUUCAGUUUUUUUUUAACUGAAUAAUUUCUAUAAUUAGUAGAAUUCAUGGGAUUACCAGUUGUCUAAUUUGCAGAAUUAAAUGCAAUUGUUUUGUAUUUUAACAUCUAUCUUUUUACUUUUUACUUUCUUCUAGUUGUCUUAAAUUUGUAGAUUUGAUUCAUUAGCUUUUUUUUUUCAUAAUAGCUUCUUAGCUACCACAACAAUGUUGAUGGGUCAAUACAAUAUAACUACCUAGAUGUUUAAUCAGCAAAAUAAAGUGAAAAUUUAAAAAAAAAAAAAUCAAAUUAAAAACCUUUGUCAUUAAACAUGUAAGAAAGAAAAAUCAAGGCCAGCAGGCUAAGUUGAAUCCUUUAUUUGAAUAUAUAUAUAUUUACAUGUAAAAAAAUGUAUACAUAUCAUAAAAUGCAAAAAAAAAGUCAGAAGGAACCAAAAUUUCUGAGCCAAAUUUUUAAUCCCCAUAAGUGUAUUUACCAUUUUUUUUAAAAAACAAGAUAUUUUUGGUACUGUUUUAUCCAAUUCAACUAUUAUCAUAUUUUACCAUUUUAAAAUUGUGAUAUAAUUGCAUUUUUAAUUAGACUAAAAAUUGUAGCUUCUGUAACUGAACUAAUUUGGUUUUGUAUAAUAGAUAAACAGUAUGUACGUCGAUUUAAAGAACAGGGUUUCCUGAAAUAUUUGUUUGUAUAUAUAUAUAUAUAUAUAUAUCUAUAAAAUGCUGUGAUCUAUUGUUAAAUCAUCAAUGGCAAAAGGGGCUUUUUUUGUUUCAUUUUUAUUGUCAGUUUUUUUAUAGUAUGUCUGACAUGUAUUUUACCAGCUUCGGGUGAUGGGUAUGUUUGGGAAACCCUGUUGUAGCAAAUUAUUCUGAAUAUACUUGUAUGCGUGUGUAGAAAACCGUUCGGUAACCACUUAAAUCCCAAAUGCUAAGUUGAUGAUUUUUCUUACAAAUGCUGUUACCGAAUUUAUGUGAAGUCAUGAUGUAAAGAACCAAAUCAAUGGGUUAGUUUAUUUGUUUACAGUUGCUGCUGUCAUGUACACAGGAUGGAAAUGUUUGUAGUUGUACUUUGCAUGUUUUUUUUUCUAAUAAAAGAAACUAAAAGUAA